AUGUACCAUGCACCCUGUAGGACCCGCCACCAGUCGAGACUCCCCACGUGCUCCGAAGUGCGCGCACGGCGGGGACCCGCAGCGAAUUUCAACGAGAGCGGGGGAACACAGAAAAGGCCGCAGGGAAAAUUAAAUGAGACCGACAUCAGCCAUCGUUCAGGCACCAAACAUGUCACUCUUCUGGUCGACUUCCUUGACCUCAUCCUCGCCUGUCUUCCCACGUACCCAUCUCCCUUCAUCCUCUCUCUUUGCCCUCGAAUUCCUCAGUCUUUCUGCUUCUUACUUCAAAUCAUGACGCAGUCCCCGUUCCCGAAUACGCCCAUUGUCUUCUUACAUCAUUCGAGAGACCCCGCCCCGGCACAGAGGACACAACUUGGACGACAACGAUUACAGAGCAUUGAAAUUCCCUGA